GCACAAUAGGAAAAGGACGUGAAAAGGACAAAAGAGAGAAAGUCAGAAAAUUUUAUUGAAGAUUUAUCUCUGCUGUGCUGUGCAUUUCCACAAUCAGUUAUAAUUAUUGUGUUUCUUACGUUACAUGUUCACGAAAUCAUACAUCUUGGAGAAAAGGCAAGUGAAGAGUUUGUUGGAAUCACCAGAUUCUAUUAGUAGGUCAACGUUGUGCUUUGAGCGCCAUUUUGUGUCAACGGUUGGCACUUUGUGAUUCUAGAAGUGGUUCGUCUUGUGCUAUAAUUAGGCAGAAUUAUGGCUGAGAAUUCAACAAAAGAACCACCUAUACAGACGAUGAGCGGCAUGCCAGCACAUCCACCAUGGAUGUACGGGAAUUAUCCAAACUACAACUAUGGAUUCACACCAUUUUACGGUCAACAAUAUUUUAAUCAAGUCAGGAACCCGGGGCCACCUGGUAAUAAUCACAACUCUAAUAAUCAGUAUCCACCAAUGCCACCACCUCCUUCUGCUCCGCUUCUUGGUAUGUCUCCAUUGGACACCAGUCGUCCCUUUUUUAACCAGUCGCCGAUUAGAUUUAAUUUCAACGGAAACAGAAAAUCUGCACCAAUACCACUUAAUGAAAAUCCACUCCUCGGCAACACUGGUGGUGGUGCCAAAAAGAAGCGCAAGAAGAAUAAUAAUAACAAUAAAAUGAAUGAAAGCUUCGGUGAUGCGUCUAAUACAUACCCACCCCUUCCUGACCACCCGCCCCCGCUACCCCCGUGCCCGCCCCCGGACGUGCCGGCGCCCCCGCCCCCGCCUCCCUCCGAUGUCCCUCUUCCACCACCGUUCAUUACUGAAGAUAUCCCACUUCCCCCUGAAGACUUAGAUAUUCCAGCAAAUGCAGAAACAGAAUCUGCUAUAAAUAAAGAUUCAACCGAAUUGUUAAAAUCUAAUUCAAUGUGCCAGAACUCAGCAGGCACAUGGCCUGAGAGUCUUGAAAGAUAUAUCAAGAGGUGUUACGAAAAAUGUAAAACUACAUUUGAUCGUGACCAGAUUGAUAUAUGUCUGAAGGGACGCAUUACUGCUGCUGCCAGCAAAGAUGAGAUCUGGACAAGGAACUGGGAUGAAGAGCCCAUUCCAAGCGUUCAUAGUGAGAGGCAUAGUCUGUCAGUCAAACCAGUCCGUGGAACAUUGUCCAUGUAUCAAAAACCUGAGAACAAAAAUGAUUCACCAAAGGGUAAAGGCAGUGUUAGCAGUCGGUUAGGUGGGCGCAGAAGUUCUCCUAGGCGUAGACGGCAACAUUCUAGAAGCAGGUCCAAAUCUAGGAGUCCAUCUAGGAAAAGGAUAAGCACUUCAUCAAAUUCAGGAGAUGAAUCAGAAGAAAGAAGAAGUUUCCGUAAUAACAAAGGUAAGAAAAAAGUUACAGAUCGUCUUUCGCUGGAUGAAAAGAAGCCUCAGAAGAAUAACAAGAAUGCAAAGAAGAAGGUCCCAUGUGGCCAGUUUGUUAUGGAGGACACUCAUGUCAAUGAAGAAAGGUUGCAGAAGCGCGCUCAGAGGUUUGGCGGCGCUACUGUUCCCAGCAUUGCAAGUUCCCUGCAAACCAACACCAGGAGAGAUGAACCAUGCAUUAGAAGGCCCAUUGUUCAAGACUGUGUGGGAGAUUUUGAAAUUGAUGAUGUGCACAUAGUUGGAACAUGUGCAGAUGUUGAGAAAUCAUUCCUAAGACUCACUAAAGCACCUGAAGCAUGUGAAGUCAGACCAGUGGCUGUUCUAAAAAGUUCACUGCGCAAUGUUAAAGACAGAUGGAUAGAUAAGCAGGAUUACCGGUAUGCCUGUGACCAGCUCAAGUCUAUAAGACAAGAUUUAACUGUUCAGGGUAUAAGAGACAAUUUCACAGUAGAAGUAUAUGAAACACAUGCUCGUAUAGCAUUGGAGAAGGGUGACCAUGAAGAGUUCAAUCAAUGUCAAACUCAACUUAGAAUGCUCUAUGAUGAGUUACCAGCUUGUACGGCCAACCAGGCUGAGUUCACAGCAUACAGGAUCCUGUAUUACAUAUUCACCAAGAACUCCUUAGAUUUAACAACCAUAUUCCAAUUUUUAUCUGAUGAAGACAGAGAAAAUGAGUGCAUUAAGCAUGCACUGCAGACUAGAGGUGCUUGGGCGACAGGGAACUUGCAUAAAUUCUUCAAACUGUACAAGAAUUCUCCUCUCAUGGCCGGGUACCUUGUUGACUGGUUCGUCGAGCGGGAGCGCAAGUUGUACUUAAAGUACAUCAUUAAGGCAUACAGGCAAGCUGUUCCGGUGGACUUCGUCACUAAGGAGCUGGCGUUCGACUCCCGGGCAAAGGCUCUCGAGUUCCUCAAAACUUUCCCUCUGUCGUAUACCGAUGACGGCUCUCACAUUGAUUGCAAGGCCAGCAUCUCAUGUCUUGCGAACAUAUAACAUUUUCUGUUUGAUGAGGAUAGAAUAAGACUACGGUAUUGCGUUUGCGCAAUCAUGUAAUGCCGCAUCGUCGCGUCGCAGGUCCGGCUUCAGUUGCAGUUGUCAUGGCGCCUGGCUCCUGGUUACAUUUUAUGUUAUCUUACUUUAAAACAGCUUUACUAGGACGAGGUGGCUUCCAAUCCAACAAUUCACGCAACUAUGGUCAUGCAGAAUACCACCUACUGCAGCGUCGGCCCUGGAUCUCGGACACAAUGGGCAUUACAGCCGAAUGCACGCAAGUUAACUAUCCGAAGAGGGUGUGAAGAUAAAGACUAUAGUGAUAAAUCAGUGUUUAAGUGGACUUUCUGAAAGCAAAUUAUGAAAUGAUAGACAUUGAAUGUAGUUUUAAGUUUCACUCCUUAACAUUUUAGUUGUAAAUAUUGUAUAUUUGUUUCAUUAAUGUACUUUUAGCUUCAUUGUCAGUGUUAUGAAAUAGAGUAUUCCAUAAUAUGUAAAUAAUUAAUUGGUGUUAAUUUAAUAAAUACUUUUUUUUAUUCAA